CAUUUUGUGGAAAGACAGCGUAGAGAGGAUACACACACACACACACACACGGCGCGUCUUUAUUAAACAUUUACACAAUUCCCGCUUGUUCGGACGGUUUAAUACAGUUAACGAAGGGUAGUUUAUUUUAAUCGAAGCUGUUAGAUUUAACAGAUUCAGCGCUAGCGAGUUAGUUUUGUCAGAUUAACGUUCAUCGGUUAGCUUAGCUUUAGCAUACUCGCCUCCGCAUUGCUGGGCUAGCAAGCACAAAGCUAAGCUAAGCUAAGCUAGCACAGACACUGCAUUUAGCUAACCGGCUAAAUCUGUUCUUUUUCAACGACAGAGACAGAAUGGCGUUGAAACGAAUUCACAAGGAGCUGACUGAUCUGGGGCGGGAUCCUCCAGCACAGUGUUCUGCAGGCCCGGUGGGUGAUGACUUAUUUCAUUGGCAAGCCACAAUUAUGGGACCUAACGACAGUCCAUACCAGGGUGGUGUGUUUUUCUUGACCAUUCAUUUCCCUACAGAUUACCCAUUCAAGCCGCCUAAGGUUGCGUUCACCACAAGAAUUUAUCACCCAAACAUUAACAGUAAUGGCAGCAUCUGUUUGGAUAUUCUAAGAUCGCAGUGGUCACCAGCAUUAACUAUUUCUAAAGUUCUUUUGUCCAUCUGCUCUCUGUUAUGUGACCCGAACCCAGACGACCCGCUAGUGCCAGAGAUAGCACGCAUAUAUAAAACAGACAACGAAAAGUACAACAGAAUAGCUCGGGAAUGGACCCAAAAGUAUGCCAUGUGAUAACCGAACAAACAUCGCCCCAACAAAUCUGCAUUAUAGCUGGAACAAUGUUCUCCAACUGGCUCCUUCGAUCGUCCCCUCCCUUCCCGUUCUUUCGGCGAAUUGGCACUUUCUCCUGUCUCUCAGAGCAAAAAAAUUUUUUUUUCUCACCCAAAUGAUUUCGGCCUUUUUCAAAAUUCCAUGUGCUGCAAACACGUCACUUUUUAUUCUCCAUUUAAAAAAACGAAAACAAAAAAAAAAACAGGCUGAGCGCUGAAGCAUGUGUCAAGGACUCCAGCCCACAGAUUUAAAGAAAGCAAAUAAAGAGCGCUUUAUUAACUCACGCCACACAUUGGAGGUGCUAUUCAGAAGAAAUAAAGACAUAAAACAGAAACAAUGGUCCUUCAUGAGCAGUCUGUUGCGUCGGCCUUCACGUUUUUAUAAGCUUUUAAAUAGCGAUUCCAGUCUGUGAAAUAUAAGUAUAUAAUUAGUCCACAUACGAUUACAUGAACAGUUAAGAUUAAUAUGAAACCUACUUCCUGCAUGUUAACUGCGAUUCGGUGGUGUGCUGAAAAUGGCACGCGCGUGUGUCCACCUGUACGAGGAGUCUGAGGACUUGUUUUUGUUACUUCUGUAUUUUUUUUUUAUUUUGUCGUUUUUUUUAGACAGAGCUAUUAGUUCAUCUCUCUUCCAACUACACUGUUCGCUUGUUGCACUGAUUUAAAGCUCUCGAUGGACGACCGGUCAACUAAUAGCUCUACUAGCUGUCCAUUUUUGGUUUCUCAAUAAAGUUGGUCAAACGUA